AUGGUGGCCCCACAACACAGCGGAAGCUUGUUUUACAACUACAAGGGUACAUUCAGCAUUGUGUUCCUUGGCGUUGCAGACGCCAACUACAACUUAUUGUACGCCGAUGUUGGAUGCCAAGGACGUAUUUCUGAUGGGGGCAUUUUUAAGUGUACUUCACUAUACAAGGAUCUAGAAAACAAUACCGCACACGUACCUAGAAGUGACGCAUUACCAGGAAAAACGGAACCUGUACCAUACGUUCUUGUGGGAGAUGAUGCUUUUGCUAUGUCUAGUUAUUUGAUGAAACCGUACCCUGGUCGUACACUGGAAAUUCCAAAAAGAAUAUACAACUAUAGGCUAAGCAGAGCUCGAAGAAUAGUAGAAAAUGUUUUCGGUAUCAUGUCUUCCAAAUUUCGGGUGUUGCUUAAGCCAAUAGCUCUACAGCGAAAUAAAGUGGAGUCCGUCGUGUUGGCUUGCGCCUACCUGCACAAUUUUUUACGUAGGAAUUCAGAGUCAAGAUAUGCCUACACCCCACCAGGAAGCUUGGACUCGUACGAUGGUGAUGGAAAUGUAAUUGAAGGAUUUUGGAGAAGGGAAAUUAAUCAGCAAGAGAAUCGUUUGAUGGAUCUCCGCAACGCUCUUCGAAGAUGUUCAGCAAACUUGCAUAAAAUUCGUGAUGAAUUUUGUGAAUACUUUGUUUCUCAAGAGGGAGAGGUAGCUUGGCAAUACGAUUCAAUAUCGUAA